AUGUCCAGAAGACUUAAAAUUACAGCCAGAAGUAGGCUACAAAUCGUUAAAAGACCUCAAUUUAUCGCUGAAUCUUAUUCCUUUGAUGAUGAGUCGAAGGCUACCACCGGUGUUGACUCGGCUGAGGCUGAAGAGACUCACCUUCAAAACGCGAUAAACGCGUCUCAAAAGAGGAAUGCUCGUUCUAAGCCUUCACAUGACACUACUCAAUCUGCUUCCAAUAAUGAUAAAGCUGAUUCUGUUGAUGAAAAUGCUCUUUCAACCCCUCAAGAUGACUCUUUGGGUAUCAUUCCAACCCCGGAUGCUACAGGCAGAGUCACUAAUUACUAUCAGCUAUACAAGCCGAACCAGUACCCUGACGCCUGGUCCUAUAUCAAGUACAGCGACACAAUCGAAGAAGCUCAAUUGGGUGGUUUAGUGUAUACAAUCGAUGAACGAGAUUAUAAGUUCAUCCAGGAGCAUAAUAAGGCGGUCAAAGGUGAGGGUACUUCCACAGACGCUAGUAGUAAGGAUGAGAAGAAGAACAAUGACAUACUCAUCGACGACAAUCUCUUUGAAUUGGUUAUGAGUGUUUUUGAGAAGGUUACUGACGACAUUGCUCCUACUCUCCAUACCGACCUAUCCAGAAUCCCAGACUUCUCAGAAUUCCAAUUACAUCUCAAGAAACAUGAUCUCCUCGACAACUUCCCAAACGUUGCUCCUCUUAAGCUCACAAUUACACCUGACAACCUCGUCAAGCUUGGUCAGAUUAUCUAUCAACAUUGGCGUGCACGUCGAGUCAGACGGCAAGGUAAACCAAUUCACCCACAGCUCAACUACGACGAAAGCAAUGAUGGCGAUCCUUAUGUUUGUUUCAGACGCAGAGAAGUCAAGCCUGUUCGCAAAACACGCAGGGCUGAUCUACAAUCGGUUGAAAAAAUGGAGAAGCUCCAUAAAGAACUCAUCGCAGCUCAGCAGCUUGUUGUCAGGGUUAUCGAUAGAGAGAAAAAGAAAGCUGAGGCUGUUGAUAUGGACAAAAGUAUAUCACAGUUACGACAUACUUUUAGAACCGUCAAGAGGAAACUUGGCGUUGUUGGUCCUGACGAUGGAAAAGCUGAUGAUGAGUUGCUAUCCGGUCACAAACCAAAGAGAAUUAAAGUCGAGACUAAGCUGCCCAACAAGAGAAAUAACGCUUCGCCUUCUGUCAACACUAAUAACGAUAAAGCAUCUGUACCGAUCGCUACACUCAUCGAGAAACAUAUACUUGCUAAACGAGAGGCAGACCAAAUGUGGGAAGACUUUACAGAGUCAUCCCUUAUACCAAACCAUUUCCCUGGCUCUAAAUUCUAUCGUGCACUGCCUAAUGACAUUGAUGACGAUGGUGAGAUGGGUAGAAGAACUUUCAGGUUGAGGAUUGGAAGAGGUGGUAGAAGAAUACUCGACAGACGCCAUCCGUUUAUCGAUUAUGGCGAUGAUGACAGCAGCAACCUCGAUGAUGAUGAGAGGAAGUUGAGGGAGUUGCAGAAGUAUGACGCGGAUGUGGUUUAUACAAAGAAUGUCAAAGGCUUAGGACCAACAUUUGGUGACAAAGGUGAAAAUCUGUUGAUAGACGAUUACGAUGAGAGAUUUAUGCGACAUCGUGCAUCAUUACUCACGGAAGAUGAUAUCAAUAAUUUGACGGCACCUACAAGUCACGUUGAUGCAGCGAUGCAGGCAGCAUUGGCACCACCACCACCACUUCCAAAUUACACAAUCGUUCGACCUAAUCCCAAUAACAAAGCGCAACAGCUACAGCGAAAUAAUUCGAACGCUUCUAAUGCACAGAAUAAUGGAAAGCCACAGGUAGCUCAGCAUUUGAUAAGAAAAGCUUCUCAGCAGAAUGCGCAGUCGACGCCGUUACAGAAGAGCAACUCAGCAAUGAAUGGUACGGGAGCGUCUAAACAACCUGCGCAAAGUACGCAAAGCACGCAAUCUACACCUAAACCCCCCACUCCUCAAAUGAAUGGGAACGCUUCGCUGCCUCCGAAUAACCCAACGUAUAAUGCAAUUCAACAGUUGCUUGCCCAGCAGCAACAACAACAACAGCAUCAACAUCAACAACCACAGCAACCAAUACAUCCCCUCCAACCACCAUCCCAAGCUCAAAUGAAUGCAUUGUUACAGUCGACAAAAACUCAACAACAUCUCAAUCAAAUGAGGCAGUUGAUGGCAAGUCAGAAUAACAACAAUAAUGCACCGAAUAAUCAAUUGAGUCAGCAACAGAUGUUGGCAGCCCUGCUUGCGAAGCAACAACAACAACAACAACAACAACAGCAAGUGAGACAACCACAACCAAAUCAAUUGCAACAACAACAGCAAGCAAACGCUGGUGGUUUAACUGCUCAACAGAUGGCAUCAAAUCCUCAAUUGGCUGCAUUUUGGAGACAGCAGUUGUUGGCACACCAGCAGGCUCAGGCUCAGGCACAGGCUCAAGCUCAAGUGGCAGCCAACGCACAAAAUCAAACUCAAGCCCCAACGCACCCAACGCAAACACAAGCUAACCAAUCCACCAACGGAAAUUGA